AUGAACCGCGGAGAAAUAACUCUGCUAGGAUCUGCGUUUUGUGUAAUUCUUACAAUGCAUUUCACAAUACAGCUCCUAUCUCAGCAUCUCUUUUACUGGAAGAAUCCAAAGGAGCAAAAGGCCGUACUCAUAAUCAUCCUUAUGGCACCCAUAUAUGCUAUUGUCUCAUUUGCGGGUUUGUUGGAUUUCCGGGGAAGCAAAGAGUUUUUCAUGUUCUUAGACUCGAUUAAGGAAUGCUAUGAGGCUCUGGUUAUUGCUAAGUUUUUAGCUUUGAUUUACAGUUACUUGAACAUUUCAAUCAGCAAAAACAUGGUGCCAGAUGAAAUCAAAGGACGGAAAUUCACCAUUCAUUCCCAAUGA